AUGGACCACGAUAGUACUAUUCGCGACGAGAUCGCCCAUGAGCUCACCGCAACCCCCUUUGCCUGUUCAUCGCUCAUCAAAUUGAGUGGUGGAACAGCCAAUUUCGUCUAUCGUGGUGUUCUGGCCGAGCAACCGGAUAAGAGCGUGGUGGUCAAGCAUACCAAGGACUACGCUGCCUCGAACACCGCGCUUCGACUGGACGCGGCACGAUGCAAAUUCGAAGCAGCCAUCAUCGAAAGCUUGCACGAGCUACCGCCGCUCUCUCUCGCCGGCCUCACCGUGCACACCCCGCGUCUCCUCCACUUCAGCACGACUACACUCACGCAAAUCGUCGAGGAUCUACCGCACGCAGUCGAUCUGAAGAGUUACCUGCUCUCCGAGCAGGGCAGGACGCUGUCUCAACCCAUUGCACACGCCCUGGGUCGCGUGCUGGGCGCUUGGCUGCGGUCGUUCCACACAUGGGGGAAGGACGACGCGCCCGAUGUGGCGGCGAGAAUGCAGCAGAACAUGACGAUGAAGAAGCUCAAGCACCACGUUAACUACGGUUUCCUGCUGGAGACGAUCAACAACUUCCCGCACCUGCUUGAAGGGUCUCGUAACGUGUUCACCCAGGUGACGGACAUGGCGGCGGCGGAGCUGGAUAUCCACGAGGGGGAGAUGUACGGGUUGAUCCACGGGGACUUUUGGACAGGAAACAUUCUCGUAUCGACACCUCUCACCCGUCUCUUUGUCGUCGACUGGGAACUGGUACACGUCGGCCAUCGCGCCCUGGACCUAGGCCAGAUGAUCGCCGAGCUUUACGAGACCACACUAUUCAAGGAUGUGACAGCUGGAGAAUGGAUCGUCCAGGGCUUUGCUGAGGGUUACGGGCCUCUGAGCGACGCGAUGGCGUUUCGGACGGCCCUCCACGUCGGCACCCAUCUGGUCUGCUGGGGCAGCCGUGUGCCGGGAUGGGGCACGCCGAAGCAGAUCGAACAGGUUGUCGAACGAGGGAGAGAUUUCAUUCUUCGAGGGUGGGAGAAGGACCGCGCCUGGUUCAAGACCGGGGCACUUGGUUGCUUGUUCACGGAGUAG